AUGCGCUGCCAUCCUCCUGAUCAGAGCUUUGGAAAGAGUUUGCAGGUGUCCCCAGUCCCUCAGAAAGAUGAAGACUGUGUGAACUGCACAGAUGAGUGCCGUGUCCUGGGACACUCAGACCGCUGCUGGAUGCCAAAGUUCCCGGCUGGAGGAAACCAGGCAGAGGGUGUGGACUACAGGAACAACAUGUUUGUGCCAGCAGGGAUGGAGACUGUGCCCGAAACGGAUAACUUCGAGUCUGUCAACCCCAAUGGCAAAAAGACUUUCUGCACUUUUGGUAAAGAGCGGCGGGACCACACCAUCCUGGUGGCAAAUGUGAAGCCGUACUUAAAGGCCAAACGUGCUCUGAGCCCCCUGCUCCAGGAGGUUCCCUCCGCUUCCAGCAGUCCGGCAAAAGGCUGCUCCACCAUGGCCUCCUGUGCUGCGGUGAAGAGCCCUGCGGAUGGGGCUGAGGGAAAGCCUCCGCCCGUUACCUGUUCUGGCCACUAUGGACCUCCUGAUGGACAAUUUUUAUCACCCACCAAACAGAGAGAUGGGGUGUACCCGCCUCUGCCCAAUGACCCUGUGGCCAAGGUGCUGGCCGAGGCACGCUCCAGGAUCCACCAAGAAGCAGUGGGUGAGAUGGAAACCGUCCUGGAGCAGGGGGAGCCGGACGGUGGUGAUGGAAUGGACGCUGACCAAGUGGUCCGGGACAUCGACAAACUCUUACAGGACUGCAGAGGAAGUGAGUCCACAGGCACACUCAGGAAGUGA